AAUGGAGGAUGCAGGGGAGAAAAUUAGAGAGAUAGCAAAGGAACACAGUUCAAGGUUUAAGAGCAUUUGCGUCUUUUGUGGGAGUAGCAAUGGAAAGAAAGCUAGUUAUCAAGAUGCAGCCAUUGAUUUAGGCAAAGAAUUGGUGGCGAAGAGCAUUGAUCUUGUUUAUGGUGGAGGGAGCAUAGGUUUGAUGGGUUUGGUCUCUCAAGCUGUUCAUGAUGGUGGUCGUCAUGUUAUUGGAGUCAUCCCAAAGCUCCUCAUGUUGCAAGAGAUUACUGGAGAGACAAUAGGAGAAGUGAGGGAAGUUGCAGAUAUGCAUCAGAGAAAAGCUGAGAUGGCUAAGCAUUCUGAUGCUUUCAUUGCUUUGCCUGGUGGCUAUGGUACACUAGAGGAGCUACUUGAAGUGAUAACUUGGGCACAACUUGGAAUCCAUGAUAAACCGGUUGGUUUAUUAAAUGUUGAUGGAUAUUACAAUGCUUUGCUAUCAUUCAUCGACAAAGCGGUCGAAGAAGGCUUUAUUCUUCCAGCCGCUCGACAUAUCAUCGUAUCUGCGCCAACCGCAAAAGAGUUGUUUGGGAAAUUAGAGGAAUACGUGCCUCAACACAACAAGUAGACACAUCAAAUUUGAGUUCCGAGACUAUUCAUAUAUAUUGAAACGUCUUUUGACCAAAAAAAGAAAAGAAAUAUAUAUAUAUAUAUAUAUAUAUAUAUAUAUAUAUAUAUUGAAACGUCUUAAAAAAAAAUCGAUAUUUUCCGAUGUCCUACGAUUGAUUAUUUCUUAUAACAUUAAAGUUGUGAUUGAAUUAGAGAGCAUAAAAUGUAAAUAUGAUUUCGGAAUUUUAUCACGCAUCAUGCUUCCUUUUUUUUGCUUGCUUAAAACCUCAUGCUUUGUAAUAUACUACUAUAACAUCAAGCGUAAAAUGUUUGUUGUGUUAUGUAAAAUGAUAAGACAAAACAUUCCAUGUAGUAAUUAAACACUU